CCCCUACUACACCGCACGCGUAGACCGCGCCCCGUCGCCUCGUCGACCCGCACGUGGUCGACCACCUCGACCUCCUCCUCCUUCGUCGACUCGACCUCUCUGGCAGACGGUCGUCUCGUCCCGCUCUCCCGCCUCGCCGUCCUCGUCUCUUUCGCCUAGCACGCCCCGGCUGCAGCGACCUCGUCACUCCUUCAAGAACUCGCCUCGCCGCACCAACUCAAGAUGCGCUCGACCCUCGCCCUCACCAUCGUCGCCCUCACGGCAUGGCUCGUCGCCGCCGAUCCCUCGGUGGCAGCGACCUCUCCCGCUCCCGCCAAGCACCUCGAGAAGCGCCUGUGUCUCCUCGGACUGUGCCUCGGCGGCGGCAGCACGGUCAACACGCAGACGGACUCGCUCAACUGCGGUACGGUCGGCUACAAGUGCCCGACCGGCUGGCCCAACGGCUCGGGCGCUCAGUGCCUGAGCGGUCAGUGCGCGCCGGCGUCGUGCAGCUCGGGCUACACGCUCAACACGGCGACCCGGUCCUGCGUCAACACCGCCAGCGACCCGAACAACUGCGGUUCCCUCGGCAACGUCUGCUCGGUCAGCAACGGCGUCGCCGGCUGCUCGAGCGGCUCGUGCAACAUCGCGUCGUGCAACGUCGGCUACUCGCUCUCGACGAGCAACUACCUGUUUGGCCUCCUCGGCUCGUCCCAGACGUGCACGGCCGUCAACACGGCAUCCGACGUCAACAACUGCGGCGCUAUCAGCAAGGUGUGCGCGUUCGCCAACGGCGCCGGCACCUGUUCGUCCGGCACCUGCACGACGACGAGCUGCAACUCGGGCUUCUACCUCGUCGGCGGCCAGUGCGUCACGCUCAACCUCCAGACCGACGUCAACAACUGCGGCAGCGUCGGCAACAAGUGCACGGUCUCGAACGGCCUCGGCAAGUGCUCGUCCGGCGGCUGCUCGAUCGCGUCGUGCAACAGCGGGUACACCUUGUCGACGAGCGGUUCGCUCCUCGGCCUCUUUGGCUCGUCCCAGUCGUGCUCGGCGAUCAACACGGCCUCGGACAUCAACAACUGUGGCGCCCUCGGCCGCGUCUGCAGCUUCUCGAACGGCGCCGGCACCUGCUCGUCCGGCGUGUGUACGACGACCUCGUGCAACAGCGGCUGGUACAACGUCAACAACCAGUGCACGGCCCUGAACCUCCAGACCGACGUCAACAACUGCGGCGCCGUCGCCAAGGUCUGCAGCUACCAGAACGGCAACGCGCAGUGCGUGUCGGGCACGUGCACGCUCGCGUCGUGCAAGGACGGCUUCAAGAUGACGACGUCGAGCUCGCUGUUCGGCCUCCUCGGCUCGUCGACGUCGUGCUCUGCGGUCGACACGACCAGUGACGUCCUCAACUGCGGCGCCGUCGGUUACGCCUGCUCGUUCCAGAACGGCGCAGGCUCGUGCAGCAACAGCGCGUGCAAGCUCUCGUCGUGCAACACUGGGUACUACCAGCUGUCGGGCAGCAACACGUGCACGUCCCUCAACCUCCAGAGCGACGCCGCCAACUGCGGCGCCGUUGGCAAGAUCUGCCCUACGUCGCUCGGCUCGGCUGUCUGCUCGGCGGGCUCGUGCGCAUACACGUCGUGCAACUCGGGCUACACGCUCUUGAACGGCCAGUGCUCCCAGAUCAACCUCCAGAGCGACAUCAGCAACUGCGGCAAGAUCGGCAACGUGUGCCCGUCCACGUACGCCAACGGCGGCUCGUCGACCUGCAACGACGGCGUCUGCUCGACCUCGUGCAAGUCGGGCUACGCGUUCGACACGACCUACAACUUCUGCCGUGACGUGUCGUGCGACACGAGCAACUGCGGCUCGGUCGGCAACAAGUGCGGCGUCACGGGCGCGAGCUCGCAGAUCUGCUCGUCGGGCGUGUGUCUCGCGACGGCGUGCUCGUCGGGCAUGUCGCUCGUCGGCGGGUCGUGCAAGUCGUUCGACUUUACGAGCGACCCGAACAACUGCGGCGCGCUGAACAACGUCUGCAAGUUCUCGCCGAACGGCGCGACGGGCACCUGCUCCAAGAGCAAGUGCGUCAUCACGGGCUGCCCGAGCGGGUACCUCCUCAACGCCGGCGGCUGUGUGCUCAGCGCGUCGGGCAAGGCGCGCGUCAAGAAGGACAAGAUCACCAAGCCCAAGACGCUCUGCCCGACCGGCGAGACGGCGUGCCCGAUCGUCGGCUCGUCGUCGUUCGAGGGCGCCGUCAAGCAGCUCUCGGCUGUCGAGACCUCGUCCAUGAUGGGUGGCUCCGGUGGCUACGAGUGUAUCGACACCUCCGAGGCGCUCGACUCGUGCGGAGGCUGCGCCUCGACCGGCGAGGGCCUCGACUGCACCCAGAUUCGCGGUGCGGCCGGCGUCGGCUGCUCGGCGGGCACGUGCGUCGUGUUCAGCUGCAAGACGGGCUACCGGCCGUCGCUCUCGGGCGACCGCUGCGUCCGCAUGCGCUCGUCGCACGGCGCCGCCGGCAACCACACUCGCAGUGGCAACGCGCAGCGCCACAUCGCCGCUCGUCAGCACACCGGCGCCGCCUUCCACCACUAGAGCCCGAUCCUGCGCCUCACGAGCCUCCUUCCCUCGCCCUUGUUCCUCCCCUACGCAUUCCCCACACGGUCGCGUUGUCAUAGACUGCCUCGCCCCCCCCCCCCCCCCCCCUUCUGUAGCCGUAUACCCGUCGAUGCGCCCCGUCGUGCGCCUGUAGCUGUCGUCGUUGUCCUCCUCCUCCUCCCCCUCUCUUUCUCUCUCGGGCCUCACUGUAGCGCGCUUCUCGCGCAGCAACACGUUCGCUCAGCAGUUCGCGACCUG